GUUUUCGAUCCGUAGAGAAGAUUUAGAAAAUGUUAUUCUCGAGGAGUGUUGCUCGGAUUUCUUCUAAGUUUCUGAGAAACCGCAGCUUCUAUGGCUGCUCUCAAUCUCUCGCCUCUAACCGCUUCGCAAUCAUUCCCGAUCAGGGUCACUCUUGUUCUGAUUCUACACACAAGGGUUACGUUUGCAGAACAACUUAUUCAUUGAAAUCUCCCCUUUUUGGUGGAUUUAGUCAUCAACUCUAUCACCAGAGCAGCUCCUUAGUUGAGGAGGAGCUUGACCCAUUUUCGCUUGUUGCCGAUGAGCUGUCACUUCUUAGUAAUAAGUUGAGAGAGAUGGUAGUUGCCGAGGUUCCGAAGCUUGCCUCUGCAGCUGAGUACUUCUUCAAAAGGGGUGUGCAAGGAAAACAGUUUCGUUCAACUGUUUUGCUGUUGAUGGCGACAGCUCUGAAUUUACGCGUACCAGAAGCAUUGAUUGGUGAAUCAACAGAUAUAGUCUCAUCAGAGUUACGAGUAAGGCAACGUGGUAUUGCUGAAAUCACUGAAAUGAUACAUGUUGCAAGUCUCCUGCACGAUGAUGUCUUGGAUGAUGCCGAUACAAGGCGGGGUGUUGGUUCCUUAAAUGUCGUAAUGGGUAACAAGAUGUCGGUAUUAGCAGGAGACUUCUUGCUGUCCCGGGCUUGUGGGGCUCUCGCUGCCUUAAAGAACACAGAGGUUGUAGCAUUACUUGCAACUGCUGUAGAACAUCUUGUUACUGGUGAAACCAUGGAAAUAACUAGUACAACCGAGCAGCGUUAUAGUAUGGACUACUACAUGCAGAAGACAUAUUAUAAGACAGCAUCACUAAUUUCUAACAGCUGCAAAGCGGUUGCCGUUCUCACUGGACAAACAGCAGAAGUUGCCGUGUUAGCUUUUGAGUAUGGGAAGAAUCUGGGUUUAGCAUUCCAAUUGAUAGACGACAUUCUUGAUUUCACGGGCACAUCUGCCUCUCUCGGAAAGGGAUCUUUAUCAGAUAUCCGCCAUGGAGUCAUAACAGCUCCAAUCCUCUUUGCCAUGGAAGAGUUUCCUCAACUACGCGAAGUUGUUGAUCAAGUUGAAAAAGAUCCAAGGAAUGUUGACAUUGCUUUAGAGUAUCUUGGGAAGAGCAAGGGAAUACAGAGGGCAAGAGAAUUAGCCAUGGAACAUGCUAAUCUCGCAGCGGCUGCAAUAGGGUCUCUACCUGAAACAGACAAUGAAGAUGUCAAAAGAUCGAGGCGGGCACUUAUUGACUUGACCCAUAGAGUCCUCACCAGAAACAAGUGAGAUUAAGAAAUGUUUCUCUCUAUACACCAAAACAUCCUCAUUCCAUUUGUAGGAUUUUGUUGGUCCAAUUCGUUUCACGAAACAAUAAUGUUGGACAAGCUGU